GCCAGCUGGACAACAACAGGGGUUCGCAUUGCAACUGGGGCCAUUGUUACAGCGGCCAUUAGGAACCAGCAUCUCAACUGGACAAUCAGCAUCUGGGCACGACAAUUGGGCACGACAAUUAACAUCCACCAUUGCGAAUAACCGCCUUGACAACGUCAACUGGCUUUUCCUUGUUUCCUCAUAACCCAACUUUGAAGCUCUAGCUGCCGGCACAAUGGCAGCAGGAACGCAAGUCAUCGCCAACUCUGGCCACGACGAUAUGAUUCACGAUGCAGUCCUCGACUACUACGGCCGGAGGUUAGCGACCUGCUCCUCGGACCGCACCAUCAAGAUCUUCGAGAUAGAAGGCGAGACACAACGGCUCAGCGAGACGCUGAAGGGGCACGAUGGCGCCGUAUGGUGCGUCUCGUGGGCGCAUCCCAAGUACGGCAACAUCCUCGCGAGCGCGGGGUACGACGGCAAGGUGCUGAUCUGGCGCGAGAUGAACGGCGCGUGGCAGCGCAUCUUCGACUUUGCGCUGCACAAGGCGAGCGUCAACGUGGUGUCGUGGUCGCCGCACGAGGCCGGCUGCCUGCUGGCCUGCGCGUCGUCGGACGGCAACGUCAGCGUGCUCGAGUUCAGGGACAACAGUUGGGAGCACAGCAUCUUCCACGCGCACGGCCUGGGCGUCAACUCGGUCUCGUGGGCGCCCGCGACCAACCCGGGCAGCAUCGUCAGCAGCAAGCCGGGCCCCAAGUCGACCGGCAACCGGCGCUUCGUCACGGGCGGCUCCGACAACACGCUCAAGAUCUGGGUGCACGACCCGGCCACCAACGGGUACAAGCUGGAGCGCGAGCCGCUGACCGGCCACACCGACUGGGUGCGCGACGUGGCCUGGAGCCCGACGGUGCUGCAGAAGAGCUACAUCGCGAGCGCGUCCGAGGACCGCACCGUGCGCAUCUGGACCAGCGAUCCGGCCAACCCGCUGCAGUGGAACUGCAAGGUGCUCAGCUUCGACGCGGCCGUCUGGCGCGUGAGCUGGUCGCUGAGCGGCAACGUGCUGGCGGCCAGCAGCAACGACAACAAGGUGACGCUGUGGAAGGAGAACCUCAAGGGCGAGUGGGAAUGUGUCAAGACCAUUGAAGAGUGACGAAAUGACCCUUGUUAUGGGGGACGGCGGUUCAGGCGUUAUGGCUCGGAUGGUUUAGAGUUAAUGCAGUUGGGAUUUGCCAACCAUCAUAUCACCCUACUAUGUCUUCGUGACACUCGCGCUUUCCAUAGCAGUUGGGUGGGUCAUCAAG